AUCCCAAUCCAAAACAAGUUAAACCAAAUACCCUAAAGCCAUAUUAAACAAAUAAAAUCAUCUAACCUUUAUAGAUGUUUCAGAUGAGCUAAACCCAAUCCUAAAUAUAAAAGACGAUAUUCAUUCAAACUACCUCUCGCUCAUGAAACUUUUCUCGUUUACAAUUAACAACUUUUAAGGUUUCAGCUCAAGUUUCAAUGGUGUUAUAGGGUUAGGGAUUUGGAAUUUCAAUCGGUUAGGAAAUGGGGUUAGAGAUUUGUUUUUUGUCAAAUUGUGAUUUACGAUUGUUUGGGGUUUUUGUUAAAAGAAAAGUUUUUUUUUUUUUUGUUAAGAGAAAUUAUGAAAAAAUCUGAGCUGGAUUUUUUUGCCACAUUGCAUUAUUUUUUACAUGUUAGCAUUAUAAACCCUUUAACCCAACCAUGUAAGCUUGAUCAACAUACAUGUCAACGAGUAAAAAUCUACGUCAUCAAUUUUAACGAUGAUAAAUUGAUAGUAUUUUAUAAUAGGAUUGAAGUUUUUAAAUAAAAUAAUAAAAGAGAUGAAAUUUUUAUGAAUUAAAAGAGAGUAAAUAAAUUCCAAAAUUUCAUAGAGUACAAAAAUCACUAACAUAAUUUGGCCUUUUCUUUUAUAAAUUUUGCAUGCCAUAACGGUAUUUUCUAAGUUCUAGAUGAAUUGUAUGGUUUUUUUUUGCUUCCAUUCCAUGUUUUCCUCCCUCUCUCUUCCCUCGAUCUACACAAUGCUAAAACUAGGGCUCAAAUGGUCAUCUUCAUUUUGUUGUAAACAUUUUCAACAAUUUCAGUUCCUUCUUAAUAAUUAUUAUUUGUCGUAAGGAUAAUCGCAAAAUAUUUUCACAAAGUUGCAUCAUUUGACGAUAACCCAUUUCUUCUCCGUUUUCUCUCCUCUAGGUUUUUGUUCUUUCAGUUUCCUUCCUCGCCAUUCCUAUAUAAUUGCUCUACUCUCUUGCAAGCCUUUUCCAACAAAUCAAAUCUUUUUUUUUUUUUUUUUCAUGCCUUCCUCUUUUACCGUUCUUAGCCGCCACUACCUUUCUAUCUACAAUUGGACUGUCUUCAUUGGCUGGUUUCAGGUUCUAUUUUUGGCUUUGAAGACGUUGAAAGAAUCAGGUCAUGAACAUGUCUACAAUGCCGUUGAAAAGCCUCUCCUUCUUGCUCAAUCCGCCGCCAUUUUGGAGAUUCUUCACGGUGUAAUAGGUUUGGUUAGGUCGCCAGUAUCAUCAAGUCUGCCACAGAUGGGAUCAAGAGUGUAUUUAACUUGGGGAAUUUUAUGGAGUUUUCCUGAGAUUCGGACCCACAUUCUUGUUACCUCGUUGGUCAUCAGUUGGUCCAUUACAGAGAUUAUUCGCUACUCUUUCUUUGGCAUGAAGGAGGCCUUUGGUUUUGCACCUUCAUGGCAUUUGUGGCUUAGGUAUAGCACCUUUUUAGUUUUGUAUCCAACUGGCAUCAGCAGUGAAGUUGGUCUGAUAUAUUUUGCCCUACCAUAUAUUAAGGCUUCUGAGAAGCAUUGCAUAAGAAUGCCAAACAAGUGGAAUUUCUCUUUUGAUUACUUCUAUGGUGCAAUUCUUGCCCUUGGAAUCUAUGUCCCAGGUAGUCCUCACAUGUACAGUUAUAUGCUUGGGCAGAGGAAGAGAGCUCUUUCCAAAUCGAAAAGGGAGUAACUUGGAGUCAAGAUUUGUAACUUUAUGUUCAGUAUUUAUCAGAACCUUGUGCAUGUAUCACUUCAUUGUUUGUUUUCAUUAUUGCUUUUGGCUAAAAUGUUCCACGAUCAGCCUUUCUCCUUCAAUAUAAUCGCGUAGAUGCAAGAUCAAGUACCAAAUUGUUGGUAAGCCUGGUGGUUUGGAAUUCUUGGACCUCUAAUUUCGUAAAUUCCUUGUCAACUCUUCCUCUCUAAAUCAAAAUGGGAAUCAACAUAGGAGCUGGGUCGAAAUUUUGGUAUGGUUCAGCACUUCAGCCUGAGCUUGCUUCAGUGGCCUUGUUUGUUGUCAAGCCUGUUUGAGCACUAGAUUUGGCAAGCCCAAGUAUUGUUGGGUUUUGUACCAGAGUAAUAUUGUAAAUUAA